CAACUCUUAAGUGGGGACUUUAGUUGGGAACAAGUGGAGAACAUGACAGUCUACUUAACGCUCUGUCUCCGAAGAGCCUGACUACAGGAUAGUCAUUUAUUUAUCUUUUUUAAUCCUCUCGGUCCUUUUUAUAAAGUUACUCGGAGUCAGUUUGGAGUGCGAAGUUACUGUAAACACCCCAAAGCUGGACGGUCGCCUGGCUAGUUAGCUAGCUAGCUAUCUGAAGUAGUUAGCUAGUUAGCUAUCUGCGUUUAGCGUAAAAAAGAAAGAAAGACAGAAGAGACAGAAAGGGAAAAUGGAGUUGGAGGACGUUGUUCUGUAUCAGGAGGACGCGGGAGGUUCCUCCAUGAUGUCGGAGAAGGUGUCCGGCUUGGCGAGCUCCAUCUACCGCGAGUUCGAGCGGCUGAUCGGGAAAUACGACGAGGACGUGGUGAAGGAUCUGAUGCCGCUGGUGGUGGCCGUGCUGGAGAACCUGGAUUCGGUGUUCGCGGAGAACCAGGAGCAUGAUGUGGAGAUCGAGCUGCUCAAAGAGGACAACGAACAGCUGAUCACUCAGUACGAGAGGGAGAAAGCGUUAAGGAAAGGAGUCGAGGAGAGGUAUAUGGAGAUCGAGGACUUGCACGAGCAGGAGAGGAAAGAGCUGCAAAACAAAGUGAUGACGCUGGAGGGACAAACCAGACAACUGGAGCUCAAGACCAAGAACUCAGCAGACCAGAUUGGAAGAUUAGAGGAGAGAGAAGCAGAACUGAAGAGAGAGUACAAUGCACUCUAUCAUCGCCACACCGAGAUGAUCCAUAGUUACAUGGAGCACCUGGAGCGUACCAAAAUGCAGCAGCUGACAGGGGGGGAAGUCACAGACACAAUCACUUUGAGCAAACAUAAAAAGGAGCGGCCCGUGUCUUUGGGGAUCUUCCAGCUGCAGGGCGGAGAUGUGAGGACCCCCGACCUGCAGAGGGAGCAAGCGGGGACUCCAGGGACGGACACAUGGAGGUUCAACGACUUGAGUCAUCCUCUUUCCAACACCAGCCUCAAGCUAAAAGCAGCUGAAAGCAAGAAUAAGAGAUCCUACAUGACUUUGGAUUUCCCCUGGACCGAUCUCACUAAGGAUGAACUCGCAGACGCCAAUCAUAGAGGCUCCAAGUCGGCCACUCCGACGUCCACGGCGUCUUCGGCCGCUGCGUCGGCAUCUGUAGAAGUGUCCCAGACUAAAGCGUCGGAGGGACUGAACAGAAACCUGAACUCCAGCAGCAUGAAGCCGGACAGCAGGAAGAACAUUAAAAUACAGGAAGCUGUAGCUACAGAGGUGCUUCCUAAAGAUGUCAUGGAGAACACUGAGAAAUCAGAGGUGCAGGCGAUUAUUGAGUCCACCCCGGAACUUGACAUGGACCUGAGCGGCUGCAAAGGCUCCAGCACUCCUACUAAGGGGAUGGAGAACAUAGCUUUUGAACGCAACACCGAUUCCCUGUUUGAGGAGCUCUCAUCAGCAGGCACAGACCUCAUCGGAGAUGUUGACGAGGGCGCUGAUCUGCUGGGUAUGGGUCGUGAGGUAGAACAUCUUAUCCAGGAAAACGCCCAACUCCUAGAGACUAAAAAUGCUCUUACCAUGGCGAAAAAUGACCUGAUCGGUCGUGUCGAUCAGCUGACCUGCGACAACGAGGUUCUGCAGGGUGAGAUGGGAGUCCUUAGGAAGGCCAAAGACAAACUGGAGGAGAAGAACAAAGAGCUGGAGGAGGAGAUUAAAAAGGUUCGGGCAGAGUUAGAGGCGACCAAACAGAAGACUAAAGAGGAAGAUGAGAGUGACGUUCCCACAGCCCAGCGCAAGCGUUUCACAAGGGUGGAGAUGGCCCGAGUCCUGAUGGAGAGGAACCAGUACAAGGAGAGACUGAUGGAGCUGCAAGAGGCUGUUAGGUGGACAGAGAUGAUCCGGGCCUCAAGAGAGAACCCAGCUCUGAACGAGAAGAAAAAAUCCAGUAUCUGGCAAUUUUUCAGCAGGCUCUUCAGCUCAUCCUCCAGCGGCGCAGCUAAAAAGCCUGAGGCUCCUGUUAAUGUUAAGUACAACGCUCCCACCUCACAUAUUGUGCCCUCCGUUAAGAAGAGGAGCAGCAUGCUCGCUCAGCUGCCCAGCGACAAAUCAAAGGCUUUCGACUUCCUCAAUGACGAUCCGGAGGUGGAAAACAUCAUGUCACGUAGAGAACAGAAGAGAGCUCAGUACCAGCAGGUGAAGGCUCACGUCCAGAAAGAAGACGGUAGGAUACAAGCCUAUGGCUGGAGUUUGCCUCAGAAAUAUAAGGUCUCAAAUGGUGCACAAGGUGACGGUAAGCUAAAGAAUUUACCAGUGCCUGUUUACCUCAGACCUUUGGAUGAGAAAGAUGCUUCCAUGAAGCUGUGGUGUGCUGCUGGAGUGAAUCUGUCAGGAGGAAAGACACGUGAUGGAGGCUCUAUUGUGGGAGCGAGCGUGUUUUAUAGAGAUGUCUCAGAAACGGAGAGCAGCAGCCUGAGCCCCCGAAAGGCAAGAGGCUCCCAGAGCAGUUUAGACAAACUGGAGCAGGAACUGAAGGAGCAAGAGAAAGAGCUGAGGCAGCAGGAUGAGCUCUCCAGUCUGGUGUGGAUCUGCACCAGCACUCACACCACCUCCAAGGUCCUAGUGGUCGAUGCAAAUCAGCCUGGAACAAUCCUGGAGAACUUCUUCGUCUGUAACUCUCACUUGCUCUGCAUCACCAGUGUGCCAGGUGCUCGGGAGACGGAUUACCCCGCUGGUGAAGAAGUGCGUGCAAACAGCAAUACAGGUGGAUCUGAGGGGGCUUCACAGACAGGCACUGCAGCUACCAGCAGCUCUGCUGGCUCUGACCGUGGUCUGGAUGGCAUCACUGUGGUUGGCUGCUCUGUCGAGGGAGCUGUCGCUGUUCCCCAAACCGUAGACCGAACAGACUCCUUCGACGGUGACGUAUUAGAGCGGCGCACGCAGGUUGGAGUGGCUGCAGCUGAAGAGGCCUUGGAGGCCACAGAGAGCAGCAACAGCACGCCUGCAGAGGAAGACCAGCCUGGGAUCUACACAGAACAUGUGUUUACUGAUCCACUGGGAGUCCAAAACCCUGGAGACACUGUUUCUUCGUACACGCAGAGGGAAUGUGAUCUUGUAAAGGACGGGGUGAGUUUAAUACCUGACGAGCAAGACCUGAUGAGGGAGGAGGCUAACAAAAUGAGUAGUGUCCUGCCCACGAUGUGGCUCGGGGCACAGAACGGAUGUAUCUAUGUCCACUCUUCUGUUGCACAGUGGAAAAAAUGUCUGCACUCAAUAAAGCUGAAGGAUUCUGUUUUGGGGAUUGUACAUGUGAAAGGAAGAGUUUUAGUGGCCUUAGCUGAUGGCACUCUGGCUAUAUUCCACAGAGGAGUAGACGGUCAGUGGGAUCUAACCAACUACCACCUGUUGGACCUGGGCCGUCCGCAUCACUCCAUCCGGUGCAUGACUGUGGUGCACGAUAAAGUGUGGUGUGGGUACAGGAACAAGAUCUAUGUCAUCCAGCCCAAAGCUAUGAAUAUAGAGAAGUCCUUUGAUGCACACCCACGCAAGGAGAGCCAAGUGCGGCAGCUAGCCUGGGACGGAGACGGCAUCUGGGUGUCCAUUCGUUUGGAUUCCACACUUCGAUUGUUCCAUGCACACACUUACCAACAUCUGCAGGACGUCGACAUAGAGCCAUAUGUCAGCAAGAUGCUGGGCACUGGGAAACUGGGCUUUUCUUUUGUGAGGAUCACAGCAUUGAUGGUCUCGUGCAACCGCCUUUGGAUCGGAACGGGGAACGGCGUCAUCAUCUCUAUUCCUCUCACAGAUACGAAGACAGUCACCCAGGGAACGUCUAAUCGGCCGAGCAGCACGAUCCGUGUCUAUGGUGAUGAAAACAGUGAUAAAGUGACAGCGGGAACGUUUGUCCCUUUCUGCUCCAUGGCCCAUGCACAGCUCUGUUUCCAUGGUCACCGAGAUGCAGUCAAGUUCUUCACUGCUGUUCCGGGCCAGGUUGUCCCGUCGGCUGGAGCAGGAGGCGAGGCAGGCGCUGACAAGUCAGCAGCAGACUCGCCCACACCGGAGUUAUCUAAAUCAGUCCUAGUGAUGAGCGGUGGAGAAGGUUACAUUGACUUCAGAAUGGGUGACGAAGGAGGUGAAGGUGAGGACCUUCACGAACCCACUCUGAAGCUGCAGCCUUUCCUGGCAAAAGCCGAGCGCAGUCACCUUAUAGUGUGGCAGGUCAUGGUCACUGAAGGCUGAGCUCCGACGCUUUUACACUCCGGCAGCCAUCGACCAGCCAAGAGUGAACAGUUCGCCCUUCUGUUUCUGCUAUUAUUUCUCAUUUCUUACGUCUGCAGUCGAAGGGACACUGUUAUUGCGUCCAGCAAUUAGGAAGUCGCAUUCAAGGCUUGGCACAUUCACUUUUGUGGCAAUACGAGUCUUCAUCCUACACGCACUUAAACAGAUGGAUCCAUACAUCCAUCCAUCUCUCCGUAAAACACAUCUGAAGCUGAUGUGAUCGGUCCGGACAAUUCAGUGGGCGAGUUUUUGUGUUUUAAAUGUUUUUUUUCCAGCCAGUUUCUUUUCUUUUCUGUUUCAUGUUUUUUUUCUUCAAGCCUUGUCUGUCACAGUUCAAGAUCAAGAUAUCCAUCAACGUGGUGCACAAGUAGACAAUAGUUAAUUGAAAUACUGUGUUCUGUGUAAACAGCUGUUGUAAGUAGCUGCAGGGUGAAAUGUUUGCACAGCCAAAAGUCCCUUCUUGAGAAAUAGCUUCUCCUAGGCUAAGUCAAGGCUUGCAAAAAAGCUUGCAUGCCCUAGUGCCUGCUCUUGUCUUUUAGGUUGCUGUGCUGUGUUCUAAACUACGCCACCAUUUUCUUAGAUGAUUUCGGCAGGCACAAAAACAAAGCAGCAUUUUCAUCUGAUGUUCUUUGCUGCUCUGUGAUUACACAAAGGUUUGAUGAACGGCAGAAUAUCUAUUUAUAUAUUCAUGUUAACUUACCAAAGGAAUCCUGAGAAUUUGUAGUCAUUUUGUACGAUUGUGGAGGAUCAGAUCAUUACCUUCUGAUGAUAGGAACAGAUUUAACUCAUUACAUCAGCCAUAGUUCAGAGGAAACCUGUUAUGCAAUAUUGAUAGGAUCGUGACCUGGUCAUAGGCACAGUGGAGAUUUGUAUUUUCACUGCUUAGUUUCCUCAAUAGAGCUCUCUCUCUCUCUCUCUCUCUCUCUCUCUCGUGUAGAUUCGGAGACUAAAUACCUAUUUUUAUUAAACUUUUGUACCUUUUUGUCUUUUAGACUCGAACCACAGGCCUCUGUAUUGUGGUAAGAGUUGGCUAACAUAAUGCUGCUGUUAUGCUAGUGUUCGGGCGCACUGGAGGGGCUUCGUCUACAAUCCUUCCUCUUCCCCACGAGAGGAGAAACGGCUUUAGUCAUCUCAGUAUUUAUUUCUAUAAAGAGCCUUUGCAGAUAAGAAUGUAACUUUGUAUAUUGAAUAUAAAUAUAUCUAUAUAAAAUAUAAAUAUGUACAUGAAACCUAGACGGUGUGGAUUUGUUGUUUAGACAGAUUAAAAUUAGCACUAACCGUUUUUUUGAUAUGCAGAGGAUGUCGAACGAUUAACCUUAGAAAUGUACCAGUACUGAGCUAUGCACUAAUUUAUAAAGACCAGUGUGUGAGUAUGUGCUUGUUGGUUGUUUUGAGUGUGUUUGCUGGGUAUGUAGACUUGUGUGUAUGUUGAACUGUAUUCCUUCAGGCUACUUUUCCCCCAGAUCAGUGCGUGUAACGAUGGGAGUGGCAGCACGUGUCCCACCCAGAGCCCACUGCUGUGAAAGCUCCCGUCCCUCAGACAUCUACAGUGCCGUAUUUCCUUCAACGCAUCUUAGCCUUACGUUUUUUUAACAUCUAUUAAACUGACAUUUUGGGGAA